AGAGAGAGAGAGAGAGAGAGAGAGUGUGUGUGUGUGAGAGAGAGUGAGUGAGUGAGUGUAAGAGAGAGAGAGAGUGGGGUGCACGAACAGCAUGGCCAACAUCGCGGUACAGCGAAUCAAACGGGAGUUUAAAGAGGUUCUGAAAAGCGAAGAGACGAGUAAAAACCAGAUCAAGGUGGAUUUAGUGGACGAGAAUUUCACAGAACUGAAGGGGGAGAUUGCAGGACCACCAGACACGCCGUAUGAAGGGGGCAGAUAUCAGCUAGAAAUUAAAAUUCCAGAGACGUACCCUUUUAAUCCACCAAAGGUUCGGUUUAUCACAAAGAUCUGGCAUCCCAAUAUCAGCUCAGUCACAGGUGCCAUUUGUUUGGACAUCCUGAAGGACCAGUGGGCAGCGGCGAUGACCCUCAGAACAGUGUUAUUGUCCCUACAGGCUCUUCUGGCGGCUGCAGAACCAGAUGAUCCACAAGACGCAGUAGUUGCCAAUCAGUAUAAACAGAACCCAGAGAUGUUCAAACAGACGGCUCGACUCUGGUCUCACGUUUACGCAGAAGCUCCGGUCUCCAGUCCAGACUUCACACGCAAAAUAGACAAACUCUGCUCUAUGGGCUUUGAUAAACAAUUUAUUUAAUUGCUCAAACCCAGAGAAUGCUGCCGAUAUGUUUCAAAAAAUGCAGUAAUAGUGGCGUUGUCGUCAAAAUCCUGGGACGUGGAAACGGCAACAGAACUGUUGCUUAGCAACUGAGUCCAACCUGAGGGGCCAAAGCACCUUAUCUGACCCCCACCCCACCUGUACUCUGCCACAUCCCCUCUGUCUACUGUCAUCAAAACACACAACCCAUCUCUCUCUCUUUCCCUCUUUUGUCAUUCCUUAAAGGAAUAGUUCCCCUAAAAAUGCCACACCUGUAUGCAAGAAAGUCAUACGGCUUUGGAACGACAUGAGGGUAAGUAAAGACAGAAUGUUAAUUUGUGGGAGAACUGUUCCUUUAAUGUCAGAUUUCUACUCAUUCCUCUCUCAGAAGCACACUCCUUUUCACUCCAUUGUUUUGUUUACUUCUUAUGUGCCUUUUUUCUCCAUCUUCAUGAUCACCUUCAGAACGGCCCAGCAAUCUGACCGUAGCCCCGCCCCUCUCACACACACACCCAAUCAGCACUGCAAAUCUGAAGUCGCCGCCCUUUUAUUUGAAAACGUUUGGGUUCCAUUUUUGAAACUACACACUCAUAGAUGUUAUCUCAAACAGUCAAGACGGGAAGAAAACAUCCACUGAAAUAUACGAAAGAAUAGAGUUGUUCACCUGUAAAUAAAGCUAUUAAAGUCUGUAUAAAUUAAAGCAAUGUGGCAAUGCCUUUAUUUAUUAUUGCUUUGUGGACAAUUGAAAUAAACACCAGUUUCAUGG